CCCCGUUUCCCCGGCCGUCAGGAAAGGGGCAGGGCUGGCGGGGUGCGGAGAGGGCACGACGGUACUGGCAGGGCAGCUCCAACUUGCCGGCAGGGGGGAGAGAAAUGCUCGUGUUGCCGGGGAGGGGUGUGGGGGGUGUGUUCGCUUCGCGUCCCCGCGGUUCCCCCCAGAUCCUGCACGCGGUUUAAAAAUCGCUCUCUCGGCAUAAGCGCGGGAGCCAGGCUCACUUUAUCGCCGCUUACGCUGUCAAAAUCGCUGGGGCUCCAGCAGUAACAACAGCGAGCCCCCUCCCUCUCUCUCUCCCUCUGCCGGGUCACCCGCUCCUCGUGAGAAACCAAACGCUGAUAUUCCUUUGGCUUCAUCUUCCCGGCUUACGCGAGAGUGCGGAAGACUUGCUAAUUAAUUUACAUACGAGGGAAUGAUGUCUGAAGGAAGGAAAAAAUACCCCGUUGCACCUGCUCCGCCGAGACUUGUCAUCUGAAUCUGGAGGAGAGCUAUAAAUCAUGUAAAGUGUUCGCGGUGGAGUCGGCUUCUUCUGAGAGCUGUAGGAUUAUGUAUCCAAAUGCUGAAUUUAUAUUUCCCACUAGGAAAAGACUGAAACUCAGUUCAGCAUGUAAUCCAGGUAUCAGAAGAGGUGUGAGAGGAUGUCAUGUAAUGGCACAGAGUUGGAAUUGGAAGGAGAAUUGGAAGCCCUGGGGUUUUUAUUCUUGGUUAGGCUAUAAACCUGUUAUAUGACCUUGAGCAGAGCACAUUAACCCCGACUUUCCAAAGCAUUUGCACUCCUGAACUGGAUCUAUAUGUUGGUCAGUUGCAAUUUCCUGUGAGAUGCUUCAGAAACUUGCUGUGUGCUUACCACGGGUUCUGCCAACCAUCUCGAGAGGGGACUUACCUAUUCUUUCAUUAGUAAGCAUAACAUUAUCUUGAAAUAAUUAUUCCUCUCCACAUGGCCUUCCUACUAGUGUCAGCUUAUCUUCUGCUGACUCAUGCUCGGGGUGCUCCUGUUGAGAAUGGGGCACUGUUGGAAACACUGAAGUCACAAGUAGGAUUAUUCAGCAAUAAAAGUGAACACUAUUCAGCACAGGUGAGACCUCCUGGCACGAGCCGACAAAUACCUCAGACAAUCAUCAUAGGAGUUCGUAAAGGAGGGACAAGGGCUUUGCUGGAAAUGUUGGAUAUUCAUCCUAAUAUUGUGGUAGCAGCUACAGAAGUCCACUUCUUUGACUGGGAUGAAAAUUAUGUGAAAGGAAUAGACUGGUAUAGAAAUCUGAUGCCAUUUUCUUAUGGAAAUCAAAUAACAAUUGAGAAAACACCAGGCUAUUUUACAUCACCACAGGCUCCAGGAAGAAUUCAUGACAUGAAUAGUUCCAUUAAACUGCUGCUCAUUCUAAGAGAUCCCACUGAGAGAGUUAUAUCUGACUAUACCCAAGUAUAUUACAACAGAGUAGAAAGCCACAAGCCUGUUCAGCUUUUUGAAGAUAUUGUUAUUAAGAAUGGAGUGCUUAAUACCAAAUACAAAGCUAUUCAGAGAAGUCUAUAUGAUGUUCAUAUGGAAAAGUGGCUUAAGCAUUUCAGUUUGGAUCAGAUUCAUAUAGUGGAUGGCAAUACUUUAAUCAAGGACCCUCUUCCUGAAUUACAAAAAGUUGAAAGAUUUCUAAAUCUUCCUUCCCGAAUUAUGUCUUCUAAUUUUUAUUUUAACCAAACCAAGGGAUUCUACUGCAUUAGAAGUGAUGGGAGGGAGAGAUGUUUACAUGAAUCCAAAGGACGUCCCCAUCCUCUUGUUAACGGCACUGUUUUAGAGCAAUUGUAUUCUUACUUCAGAGAGCACAAUGCAAAAUUUUACAGAAUGGUUAAUCAUUCCUUUGACUGGCAUUAAUACAUUUGGCGCCGAUGUUCCUUAAAAAGGGACUGAAGCAAACUCUUUCAAACAUAUCUUUACAAACUGUAAAGACCCAUAUUAUGAAAAUUAACAUACCGGUUAUAUGCUUCAUUGGAAUAACACAUCUGUUAAUUCAUUGAAAUGGAACUCUUUAUGUUGGGAAAAAUAAGUUUUAUGUAUUUGUAUGAUUACUGUGAGUCACAUUCUGAUCUUUCUCUCGUCAUGCAAAUACAUUAACUUCAGCAAACUUAGGACAGAUGUGUAUCUCUACAAGAUUUGUGCUGUUUUGGAAAAAUGCUUCUAACUGUAAAAGAUGUAAAUAUUUGAAAUGGUAUUAUUCUAACUGUUCUGUAUUUUUCGUUGUUAUAAUUUUUUUAUAUCCCACACAACGAUAGUGGUGUUGAUUUCUAGAAUUUUCAUAAAAUAAGCUAAAAUUGUAUGUUAAAACAGGGGCAUAAAUAGUGGCUCCAAUAAAUCAUUCAUCCUCUUUAAUAUGCUGAAGUACUUAAUCAAUAAAUAAUAAAAGGAAUCUCCUUCACCUGUAAUUUUGAAUAGGUGAACUAGAAGCUACCUGUCUGUAUAUCAUUAAUAUUAAACUAUUAAACCACACUCUUACUAUCCUGGGUUUGCAAAAAAAUCUCCACAGUAAGAGCAUGAACGGUUCAAAGAAGAUUAAAUUGAGAAUUCUGAAUGUAAAGAAAUUAAAAUAUCCCAGGCAGCCUCAAUUUACAGUGAUACUUUAUACACUAAAAAAAAAAAAGGCAUGAAAAUUAUUAGUAUCAACAGCUGUACAAAUAUUUGAUUAUAUCAGUUUUGUCACUUUGCUCUUGAAUGGAAAGGUUCUUAGUUAGUACUACCAUAUUAUUUAUGUUUGCAUUCUGUGACUAGUUAUUCUGUUGCUCUCCUGGCAUUAGUUUGUAUAUCUCCAUUGGCACAUUGAUUCUUUUUAAAAAAAAUUAAUUAUUUGUUUGCCCCCUGAAGCAUGGAGUAGUUUUUAUUUUGCCAUUUCUAAUGAAGAUCAUGGAAUACUCUCAAAAUAACACCUUGUUAAGUUAUAUAUCUCAGACAAUGUUCAAUAUGCUCAGUAUGACAUACUCAGAUUAUAUAUAAGAACCACAUCUGCCUAUAGCCCUGCAUUAGGAUUCUAUUUUCAAUUUAUUUUUUUUUACAGUAUUGUGCUGGUCUUUUCUACUUUUUCUUGUAAACAUUUUAUUAUCAAUACCAAAGAAAAAAAUCGACUUGAAAUGUUACAUUUGCUGCCAGAUAGACCUACAGAUGCAGAUGUGCUUGUUUGCCAUCGUACCUUGCAAUCCAGACCCCCCGGUGCACCCCCUGGUAUAAGCAGCACUCAUCAGGUGCCAGCCUCCCAAGCCCCGAGAGCACUGGGGAGCUGCAGUGGUGUGGGCCCACCCAGCAUCGCAGCACCAAACCCCACCCUGCCCUGGGGAGGGUCCUGCUGCUGUGUCCCGUCUGUCACUGCUCAGCCUGCAGGAGUGUCUCUUCCUAGCAUGGGGUUCAGUCUUCCACUUCACAGGCUAAAAGGUACGUAUUGCAGUGCUAAUUUUUGGGCUUCUAAUACUUUAUGACUGGGCUACUUAGAUAUUAGGCAGGUAGUAGUAUUCCACUGAAGCUGGACAGAAUUAGAAUCAACUCAGAGUAUGUGGAAACAGCGUUCAUCAAAAUUUCCUCAAUAAAUGUAAAAUGUUAAAAAUAAUAUAAUAAAUCUUAUUAUUUACCUGUUCCACUACUUGUAUAUGUAUAUAUGAGAGAAAAUUAUUUUCAUUAGCAUAUAAUUAAUCUUUGAAAUUA